CCUGGCUGGCGCUGCCCACGGACGGAGGAGAGAGAAACAAUCAAACAGACAGCGCUUCUUUCUGCUGUUCUGGCUGCCCACGCGGUUCCGUUAGCGGUGGCGUUUGGUGGAACAAACUCCGACGACCUCUCUCUGUGUGUCUCUCUCGUCCCUCCCGCGGCCACGGCGACGGGACGGACUCCAACGACCACCACCACCACACAUACGGCAACACAACAGCAGGGGUCUCUCCUCUUACGGUUUGGUUUCCUUUUCCCCAUAACAACCCAACCCAACCCCGGCUGCUUUGCUUCUUUGGUUGCUCCAACCUCCCCCACAAAUACUAACAACCACCCACGUCGUCCCCCCCGUUCCGUCCCGUCCCGUCCCGUCCCGUUCCCUCCUCCCCCCCCCCCACCCCUCCUUCCGGCGCCGGCCGACCUCUCGCCGGCCACCACUGCCCCGCCCGCCGGUGGGACCCACCGCCCUCCCCAUUGCUGGCCCUCCUCCUCCCUGUCCGGCGCCGCGCGGGAAACUAACACGAUAGAAAGGCUUCCUGUUUGUGGCGCGUCGGAUCCCCGGCCCUCCAGCUCGUCGGGGCCUCCAGAGGGGAAUGUGGGACCCGUGCCGCCGGGGAUUUCUCUAGUUCGACUCGGCCGCCCAGCGACAUGGUGGAAGGUAGGAGCUACCUCCCUGCAGAGGUCAGGAAUGGCCUUGAGACCCUGAAGCGGCGGAGGCUCGAGAGAAUGCGUUUGAGUGCUCAGAACAAAGCAGGUGACAAUCCUGCGGUGCCUGCAAGAAGCGGUGGGGAUGCGUUGCGGAGCCCUGCAAACUGCGGGGUAAGAUUGCAUUCGAAAAACGGUACAGGCUUAUCGGGACAUGUUCAGGACAAGGAUCCUUUUGCAAAGCGCAAGGUGGAAAAGUUCGAUAUGUCCAACCUCGAAUGGAUAGAUAGGAUACCAGAGUGUCCUGUUUAUUGUCCCACCAAGGAGGAAUUUGAGGAUCCCAUUGCUUAUAUACAGAAGAUUGCGCCUGAGGCUGCAAAAUAUGGUAUUUGCAAAAUUGUGUCUCCUGUAAGCGCUUCUGUUCCUGCUGGUGUCGUGCUGAUGAAGGAGCAGUCCAAUUUUAAGUUCAUGACUAGAGUUCAGCCCCUUCGUCUUGCCGAAUGGGCUGAAGACGAUACAGUCACUUUCUUUAUGAGCGGAAGAAAGUACUCAUUCCGAGACUAUGAGAAAACGGCCAACAAAGUGUUCUGUAAGAAAUAUUCCAGCGCAAGUUGUCUCCCAGCUAGGUACGUGGAGGAGGAAUUCUGGCGUGAAAUUGCUUUUGGAAAGAUGGAUUUCGUAGAAUAUGCCUGCGAUGUUGAUGGGAGUGCCUUCUCUUCUUCUCCUCAUGAUCAACUUGGGAAAAGCAACUGGAACCUCAAGAAUUUUUCACGGCUCCCCAAUUCUGUUCUGAGACUUCUUCAGACGCCAAUUCCAGGAGUAACAGAUCCAAUGCUUUAUAUUGGGAUGCUCUUCAGCAUGUUUGCAUGGCAUGUGGAAGAUCACUAUUUGUACAGCAUCAAUUACCAUCAUUGUGGAGCAUUUAAGACAUGGUAUGGGAUACCAGGCGAUGCGGCUCCUGGGUUUGAAAGGGUUGCUAGCCAGUAUGUAUAUAACAAGGACAUUAUGAUUGGUGAUGGAGAGGAUGCAGCAUUUGAUGUUCUACUGGGGAAGACGACGAUGUUCCCUCCAAAUAUCUUGCUAGACCACAAUGUUCCUGUAUAUAAAGCUGUGCAAAAACCUGGAGAGUUUGUUAUUACUUUCCCUCGUUCUUACCACGCGGGCUUCAGCCACGGCUUUAAUUGUGGAGAGGCUGUUAACUUUGCUAUUGGUGAUUGGUUUCCUCUUGGUUCUCUGGCUAGCAAGCGCUACGCACUUCUGAACAGAACUCCAUUGCUUGCACAUGAGGAGCUACUUUGUCAGUCUGCUGUGCUUCUGUCCCAAAAACAGUUGAGCUGUGAUCCAAAAUCCUUGGAUAAGUCGGAACAUCCAUACUCCCAAUAUUGUGUGAAAUCCUGCUUUGUGCGGUUGAUGCGAUUUCAUCGACGUGCACGAGGCCUCCUUGCUAAAAUGGGUUCUCAGAUAUGCUAUAAGCCAAAAACAUAUUCAAAUCUAUCCUGUAGCAUGUGCCGGCGUGAUUGCUACAUUACACAUGUGCUGUGCGGGUGUAACUUUGAUCCUGUCUGCCUACAUCACGAGCAAGAACUGCGGAGCUGUCCUUGUAAGUCUAACCGCAUUGUCUAUGUUAGAGAGGACAUACUGGAGCUAGAGGCACUAUCAAGAAAAUUUGAGCAGGAUAUCUGCUUGGAUAAGGAAAGAAGUUACACUGUCUCAUAUGAGGCUGAGAUUUCUGAUAUUAAUGUCGAGCAUGUCCCAAAAUUUGGGACUACACUGGAUUUCAGCAACAAAAAAGCUGUCGUUUCGGUCUCAGUUACUGCUGAUGAUGGAAUGAUUUCUCCUGUGGCAUCAAUUUUGACAUCUUCUAUGCAUCAUGAGGAACCCAGGCCAGCACAAGCAAGGGCCAUAAUCACAUCAAUGACCAAAGGAAGUUACACUGUGGAUGAGGCUUCAUCUGGCAUGGAUGAUGCUUGUAAUGAACUCGGAUCGUGUAAUGCUUCAGCCAUGGAAUGCAGUGACAAUUCCGAAUCUGAAUCUGAAAUCUUCCGAGUCAAGCGCAGGUCCACCAUGCUUGACAAGCCUGCUUGUGACACAAAGACACCAAACUUGUCCGAACAGCAGGUUCUGAGGCGGCUGAAGAAGGUUCGUCCUGAAGUACAACGGGUCAGUAAGAGACCGGAAGAAUCUGACAAUUCUGAUAAUUGUUCAGCUCGUUCUGUCCGUAUGAGCCAGAAGAGCUCAAAUUCUGCUUCUUCUGAUGAAGAAAGAGAGGACACGAUUCCCAUUUCUUGGAGGAUAAGGCGACGCCAGUUGGAAGCUCAGCACGAUGAGACUAGUCACGGUCCAAAGCCGAAGUUGUAUCCAACUUCCAGCAGUUGUAAUCGUGAAGAGUUUGUGGAGACGACUAGAGAUGCAGCAGCAGAGGUCCGUCCAAAACGAGUGAAAAUCCGGCUACCUUCUAGUGCAAAUAGACAGGCAGAACAGCGCAGCUCCUGGCAGAGAUUUGCAAGGGAUGACAAGUUUUCGCUUGGUUGUCCGCGUACAUUUUAGGGUAAUCGCUGACCCACAGGUGCUAACCUCAAGAGAUGAAUUCUUCGUGUUAGGUGUGUUCUUAACUACACUGAGAGCUGGGACCAAUCAGGCGUGUGGCAAGGCUGAUUAGCACAGGUGCUGACCGACUUUAGAAUUGGCAGCAGAGGAGGUGGUUGGCUAAUCGAUUCUUUGUGCAACAGGGCCUCCAAUUUGAGGCCUAGGUGCACGCUUGCUUAGAAGACAGACACGUGUGACAAUAUUCUUGUUGCUGGAGGUUUUCUCGGUCACUGCCGCUCGCUCUUUGAUGCCUGCCUGUGCAAGAGAACCCCGGGCUACCCUUACUUGAUUCCUCUGCUAGUGUUUAGCAUUAGCCUAGCUGUAUUUCUCUCUCUGUACGCCCUUUACUUUUUGUUAUUUCUUGUCAACAACCUUAGCUGCUACACUACGGCUAACUGUAUUCUUUUGUUACCUUAACCUGCUCCUUCAUAUUCAAUCCAAUAUUGAAUUAUUUUUCGGA